UUGACCAAGUCGCUGCUUAUUUUGGUACCUGCAACUGCAAGGUCCUCUACCGGACCUUCUGGCUCCUGCCUCUCGGGGCUCGCCUCGAAGCUCCUCGCUCGGACCGACAGUCGAGUCCUCGUGAUGGUCGGCGUGGGCGCCCUGGCGCUGCACCUGAUCAGGGCCCCACCUCGCAGCCCCGGAGAGGUGAUCAUCUGGAACAGGACGCAGAGCAAGGUUGUGGAGCUCGCCGAGAGGCUGAACGAGGAACUCUAA